AUGAAGUUCUCACACAGUAUCCAAUUCAAUGCGGUGCCGGAUUGGAGCAGUCAUUACAUCUCCUACAGCAAUCUCAAGAAAUUAAUAUACCAGCUUGAGAAAUCCGUCAACCAGUCAUCUACGAUAGCCCAUGAGGAUGCCGAAGCCUCACCUUUGAUCAGUACCGAGGAUCCUGAUGCUGUGUUUCGGCGAGCCCUCGAUCAGGAACUGGAGAAGAUCUGUUCUUUUUACCAGCUGAAAGAGCUCGAGAUCUACGGGGAAGUGGGAGAAUUGAUGAACGAUGAGCAGUCAUACGAGGCAGAGACGGAAGGACAGGACUUCGACCAGUUGGAUGGGGCUACGGAUAAGAAUGGAAGGCCGCGCCGUGGGAGCCUUUUCGGAAAGAUUAGUGGCAGACAACGGCGGACAAGUACUAUGAGUGCGUCAACUAUAGAUGAAGGGGACGAAGAAGGCGACAGCGAUGACGAUGCAGACGAUAGGACGGCAAUGAAUGGCAGCCACAUAGGCCGGCGGAAAACCUAUGAUACCAACGCAAGCCACGCCCAUGACGACGUCAGAAGCUCGAGAGAACUACCUAUGCCAAGAAGAAGGAUGAGCCAAGCACAGGAUGACUACAGUGACAAUGCACUCGAGGGACUGCUAGCUUCUGGCAUGACUUUGAAGAAGCGGACAAUCAGCCUAUUUGUUUCGCUGUGCGAAUUGAAAUCAUUCGUCCAGCUCAACAAAACAGGCUUCUCGAAGGUUUGCAAAAAAUAUGACAAGACGUUAAAUCGAAGCCUCAAAAGUGCGUACGUCAAGGACAGUGUUACUCCUGCAUAUCCAUUCAAGCAGGAAACCAUGCAACAUAUUGAUGAGAACAUAACGAAUAUUGAGAGGGUAUACGCGGGUGUUAUCACAAAAGGGGACAUUGGCAGUGCGCGACGAGAGUUACGGCUACAUCUUCGAGAGCAUGUGGUUUGGGAAAGGAACACCGUAUGGCGGGAAAUGAUCGGUAUAGAGCGAAAAGCUCAAGCUGCAAAUAUGGGCUUAGGACGGACACUUCUUGGUGGAGAUAACGAUCCUUCGAAACAUCGAUUACAAGGCGAUGAGCCGGACGACGUGGGUACUAAAGAACUUGACACUCCAAUUGGAAGAUACAGAUGCCCCCGCUGGCUGUUUAGCUCAACGUUCUUCGUGCUCAUCGGAAUCCUGGUCAUCUUCACAAUUCUGCUGGUAGUACCAAUCAUGAAGAAACCAGAGCAGCAAAAUUGUCUUGCAAUGCUUGUGUUUGUGAGCUUGCUUUGGGCGACAGAGGUCAUACCUCUUUUCGUGACAGCACUCUUAGUGCCCUUCCUCACCGUUGUCUUGCAAGUAGUCAGACAAGACGAAAAGCCGCACCAUCGACUUGACCCCAAAACCGCGACCAAGUACAUCUUUGCAGCGAUGUGGACGCCAGUUAUCAUGCUGUUGCUAGGAGGCUUUACGAUUGCAGCAGCACUUUCGAAGUUUCACAUUGCUAAGAUGAUGGCUACGUUCGUCCUAAGCAAAGCGGGCACACGGCCGCGGACUGUUCUGAUUACGAACAUGUUUGUUGCUAUGAUCCUCAGUAUGUGGAUAAGUAACGUUGCAUCUCCAGUACUGUGUUUCUCGAUCAUUCAACCACUCCUCCGCAACCUACCCUCGGACUCCCAUUUCUCCAAAGCCCUCAUCCUUGGCAUCGCCCUCGCCUCUAACAUUGGUGGCGCUGCCUCCCCCAUUGCUUCUCCGCAAAACAUCAUCGCCCUCCAAAACAUGCGGCCCCAACCUAGUUGGGGGAUCUGGUUCUUCAUCGCCCUCCCCGUCUGCAUUAUUUCCAUCCUCCUCAUUUGGGUACUCCUCCUUAUCACCUUCCAGCCUGGAAAAGGCACCACCAUCGUGCCAAUACGGCCUAUGAAGGACAAGUUCACCGGCGUACAAUGGUUCAUUAGCGGAGUCACCGUGGUAACUAUAGUACUGUGGUGCGUCACGCAUCAGUUGGAGAAUGUCUUUGGCGACAUGGGUGUUGUAGCCAUCAUACCCAUCGUCCUCUUCUUUGGCACCGGCAUCUUAACGAAGGAAGACUUCAACAACUUCCUUUGGACUAUCAUUAUCCUCGCCGCUGGUGGCCUAUCCCUUGGCAAAGCCGUCUCGUCGUCAGGUCUCCUGCAUACUAUCGCUGGUGCUAUAACAGACAGAGUGGAGGGCAUGAGCCUUUAUGGUGUCUUGGUCGUUUUUGCGGCCUUGAUCCUAGUCGUUGCGACAUUUAUCAGCCAUACAGUUGCGGCCUUGAUCAUUUUGCCCUUGGUUCAUACGGUCGGCGCUGGCAUGAAGGAACCACAUCCGAAUCUGCUGGUUAUGGGUAGCGCGCUUAUGUGCUCUGCCGCCAUGGGUCUGCCUACCAGCGGCUUUCCGAAUAUGACGGCUAUCAUGAUGGAAGAUCCACAAACCGGCCAACGGUAUUUGCAAGUUAAACAUUUUAUCUCGAGAGGCAUACCAGCCAGUAUCAUUACUUUUCUGGUCGUAAUAACUUUGGGCUAUGGGCUUUUGCUCGUUGCGGGGCUUUGA